AUGGCUAGAAGGAAGGAUCUCUCGGCCUUUGAAAGGGCUGCCAUAAUCCAGUUUCUUCUUGAAGGAAGCCACAAUGGAAAACCAGCUAGAGGCAAGAUCAAUGCUGCAGUUCAAAAGUGGAGUUGUUGCCGACGAACGAUUAGUCGUAUUUGGGCAGCUGCAAAUAAACAAAGAGCAAGUGGUGAGGUAAUAAGUUCAUUGAGUAAAAAAAAGCUUAGGCCAAGGAGAAAACUGGUUCAUCUUGAUUUAAAUUUGAUUGCUAGCUUAGAAUUGUCAAAGAGAUCUACCAUAAGAAGGCUUGCAUGUGGGAUUAAAUGCAGUAAAAGCACAGUGGGUAGGUGGAUUAAAUUGGGACUGAUCAGACCUCAUUCUAGUGCAAUAAAACCUGAUCUAACUGCUCCAAACAAGUUUCUUAGGCUACGGUUUUCCUUAGAAGCUCUAGAAUAUGACAGGAUUCUUAGGAGUUUAACUUUCAAAAGCAUGCAGAACACAAUUCACAUUGAUGAGAAAUGGUUCUACAUCACAAAAAGUAAUCAGCGGUUCUAUUUGACACCUGAUGAGAUAGACCCUCAUAGGACAUGCAAGAACAAGAAGUUCAUCACCAAGGUGAUGUUCAUGUGUGCUGUAUGUAGGCCAGUGUUUGGGCCUAAUGGUGAAUGCUUGUUUGAUGGAAAAAUUGGAAUUUUUCCAUUCACUGAACUUGUUCCAGCCAAAAGAAACAGUAAGAACAGGGCAGCAGGUACUAUGGAGUGGAAACCAAUUCAAAGCAUCACCAAACAAGUAGUGAAAGACUGCCUAAUAUACCAGAUCAUCCCUGCUAUUAAAGCAAAGUGGCCAGCAAAUGCAAGCAAAACCAUAUAUAUACAGCAAGAUAAUGCUAGGCCUCACAUUCAAGACUCAGACCCAGAUUUCAGGGCAGUAGCUUCAGCUGAUGGCUUUGAUAUUCACUUGGUGCAUCAACCACCAAACUCCCCAGAUACAAACAUCAAUGAUCUGGGGUGGUUCAGGGCAAUACAAAGAGUAGGCUAG